AUGAACAACAAGGAGCUCUGGGAGGUGCUCAGAAAGGCGCGUACGAUAAACAGUGCGAAGAAGCGCUUCAUCUGGCUACCCCAUGCUGAUAAAGAAACUGCGUCUCUCUGCUAUGUGACAUCCGCCGAAGCGGAACAACGCGCCAUGUCAUUGUUCUUCGAUCGCCACGCCAAUUUCGAGAAGCAUGUCUUUGACAGCACGAAUCUUCCUCUUAACAUUUGGCGGACUGAGGUUCACCUCAGUUUCUACGUUCUCGGCGAUGAGAAACAAGGUGAGCACGUCGGCCUCCCACCUCUCAGUAAGGCCGGAUUCCCUAGCCAAUCAAGAAAAGACAUUCGGCGCGCCUCGAUUGGCUUUCGAUUUGAUGGAGAUCUUUUCGACCGGUACUGGACAUGCCACUUCAUUCAAUAUAUCCCAACGACUUUGGGAAAGGAAGACUUCAAUAACGACGAUGACACGCCCAGGCGAGAUUGGGAAUUUAAGUUCAACGCCAAUGGGCUCGGAAGAGACAAAGAAAGAAACUGGUGGCAGAGAAAGGUUUUAGAGCUUCGGUUGCUCCAAAGAAUCGUAGAUGCCAUCAGUACCGGUGCCUCGGACAUUUUGCAAGAAGUAGAGCAGGAGCUUGGGGUUGGAGACAGCAUUUUCAACCUCUCAAUACUCGUGGGCAAGAGAUACAAAUCUUCAAAGGACCUUUCUGAUUGGCAAAGAUUCGAGCAGAUCCUUCAGGCCGCGGAUGAAGAUGUGACAGAGAAUUUAAAGAACCUCGAUAAAUGGAACCGGCGAGAGGAAGACCGUGGCGAUGAACAGCCUAGGUGGACACGUAACGACGAAAGAAAGUACCGCGGAUAUAUCAACCAAGUUCAAGCACCGUUGGACCAGCAAAUGUGGAAGCUUGAAAUUACACGCAACAACCUCCGCAGGUUAAGAGAAUCCCUUACCACCACCAGAGAAACCGUACAACACAACCUUGAGAUUAGCCGAGAAGAGAACAUCCGAUACUUCACCUACGUUACGGUGAUCUUCCUGCCCCUAGGAUUCGCAGCGUCUUUCUACAGCAUGGGUGGGCCUCCAGAACACACACUGAUAAUAUCACUUGUGCAGUUCGCUGCAGCUGCUUUCGCAAUCACUAUAGUCCUGCUAUUUUUUGCGAGACCAGCCAUAACCGUCCUGCUGUUCUUUGCAAAACCGAUCUUCCUGGUAGGGGAAAUCUUAUCAGCAUCGGGCAAGUAUUUCGGUGCGGAAGCAGCAAAGAUACUGAAGUAUGCGCGCAAGGCACGAAAAGAAAAUCUGCCGAAGAAGAGAACUGACAGCAGCGAUGAGAAAGAAAUCUCAAACCCAAUUUCCAGGAAAGAGGGCGACGUUUCCGGGCCGCAACCGCAUAAUCCACCGGACCAAGCAGGCGACAACAUUGACACUGACUGGUUCUGGUUGAUGCAUCUCUUUCUAGAAGUUCCGGCGCAACAACUCUCACUUGCCAUGAUGGCUCUGAGAAAAGGCGGCUGUUCUUUGUCAGUCGUGAUCAAUGUUCUUCUGGCACUCGCAGUCCUGCCUGUAUACGUGGUAUCUCGAGCCUUCCAGAUUGUGGUGCACUUAGCAACGAGCGUGAUAAGAAUACUAGUCGGGUCAUCCGGCUACAUAGCGCAGGUCAAGGCAGCUAAUUCCACAACUCCAGGAUUAAUUAUCCUCUUGUUCUUGUCGAAGAUACUGGAUUCAAUGAAGGCAAACCAAGGAGACGUUGAGUCUUACAAUCGAUAUUUCGAGUACAUGACGAACACGCCAGCCGUGUUCACUAGCGGCACCGAAUCGACCGAGCUUGCCGGGCAUAAUGCGGAGCUGAACCGCUGUCAUGCCAUGACGCAGGAGGAGCCUUAUGGCUGGGAAAGAUUCGAAGAGAUCCACCACGUUUCCCUUCCGUUUUCUGAGAAUUUGUCGAGCAUCAUUUCCGACGAGCGGACAGCCGGAGUAACCUACCUGGCCGGCUGCACCGACCCGACCUUUCUGGACGAGCAAUGUGCCCAGAAGCCCGGAUACAAGGGGCAGCAGUGGGUGGCCAUGGCACGCUGCAGCGGCGAGAACAUCUCCCUGUGGACAGGCUGCGCGCACCACCCACAAAAGGUCGAGCUCGAGAAGGAGAACUGUAGCUGCAACCUCACCAACGUCCUGAUCGAGAACACCAACGGGCAGUCCAGCCUCGGCGAGAUCGGCAGCCUGCCGACGUCUGCGGGCGGGACCAUCUCGUUCAACCCGACGGCGCUGCCCACAUACGCCGCGACAAGCACCGGGAACACGUCGAGCGUGGCGUCGGGCACUGCGACGGCGACUGCGACGGGAUCGACGUCAGGUGGCGGCGGUAGCAACGGUUUGUCGGGCGGUGCCAAGGCCGGGAUCGCCGUCGGGUCCAUCAUCGGGGGGCUGCUGGUGCUCGGAGCCCUGGCCUUCCUUUUCCGCAGGGCGUACCGGCGGAGGUUAGACCGGGCCGUGGCAGCUCGCACGGGCUCGGGGCUGUCAGGACCACCACACCAGCCCAGUCCCCUGUCGCAGCAUGUAUCCCAAGUGACGCCGGCGUCGCGUUACACUGUGUCGCCAGAGACUGUCAAGUCUGAAGAGGAGGGCCAGAUCGCUGGUCUCGGCUAUAAGUUUGAGAUGCCGACUGAAGCCUCUCACAGGCCUGAGCUCCAGGGCGACGUGGGCGGCAUCUCCCAGCACCGGCCGCGUCCGCACGAGCUUGGUACGUGA